ACUCAGCAUCUACUAAUCAGUAGAAAAGAAAAAAAAAUGAACUUUUGAAUUCUCCAUUGAUCUGCUAUUUUUGACUUCCACAGUGGUGGAUUCAUCGGAAUUUAUACAAAUUCACCGGUCUUUGUUUUUCCGGCCGAAACCAUGCCGGAGCUUGUUCAAGCAGCACAAGUCUACGCGCCGACGAGAACUCUACAAAUUUGGAAAUCGCUACUGAACUGGCUAGCUUUCUUCUUCCAGAUCUUUGUUCAGAUCCUCAAAGGAACGCCUUGUGUAACUCAGGUUCUCUCCUACUUUGGCGUUCGCAAUAGCUCUCUUCUCUCUUCCUCUCCGCAGUUCAAGCCGCUGCCUGACGUUGAGCCACCGGAGGAGGAGGCGCCGCCGACGUCAUCCGUUGCUCUCUCGACUCUGCAAAUCACAACCGGAAGUGUCCCGAUCAGUGUUGAGGAGGAACGUUUACAGAAGCUCACGGUAGUUCUUGACUUGGAUGAAACUUUGAUUUGUGCAUAUGAGACAUCAAGUUUGCCUACCAUCAUUUGCACCCAGGCAACAGAGGCUGGGUUGAAGUGGUUUGAGCUUGAGUGCGUAUCUUCAGAAAAGGAAUAUGAUGGCAAACCUAAAAUCAACUAUGUCACAGUUUUUGAACGUCCUGGAUUACACGAGUUUCUAAAACAACUUAGCGAGUUUGCUAAUCUGGUCUUGUUUACUGCUGGACUUGAAGGAUAUGCAAGACCCGUUGUUGAUAAAAUUGACCUUGAGAAUCUGUUUAGCCAUAGACUUUAUCGUCCUUCAACUAUUAGCACGGAAUUCCGGGAGCAUGUGAAGGAUCUGUCAUGCAUAUCAGAGGAUUUAUGCCGGGUUGUCAUUGUUGAUAACAACCCAUUCAGUUUCUUGUUACAGCCUUUAAAUGGAAUCCCGUGCAUUUCAUUUUCUCCUGGACAACCCCAUGACAACCAGCUUUUGGAAGAAAUCCUUCCACUUCUCAAGCAUCUAUCUGAGCAGAAGGAUGUAAGGCCUGUGCUUCGCGAAAGGUUUCAAAUGCCCGAAUGGUUUCAAAACCAUGGAAUCCCUACUUGUGAAUUCACAAAUGUACGAUGAUCUUUGGCAAGUAAAUUUUUUUGCUAUUCCAGGAGACGCAACACACCUAUACUCUAAAUUUGUUGUACAAGGUUAGUACCUCUUCACCGGAAGAACAAAUUUUUGUAUAGAUUAUUUGUUCAGGAGUAGCCGCCAUCUAUGAAGACCCAAAUUUCUUAUCUAUUAAAUUCUUUUGUAACUUUGUUUAUAGCUUCCAAUUGUGAGAAGAAAUUCAUGUAUGUGCAAUUAUUAUAAACAGUGAUUUCCAAUAUUUAUACCUACCUUCCCUGACCUAAAUUUAUGUAUAGAUUUGAUGAUUAGUAGCUCUCUUUAGCAUUUGCUAAGUGUUAAUUUGUUUAAACCUUCUCAGUUCUUAAUAUU